AUGUUUUUGAAGAUUAAGAGGACAUGUUUAGAAGAAAAACUUGUUAACAUAGUAAGUUAUUCCUGUACAGAAACUUUUCAAAAACGCAAAUUACGAACAUUUAAUGUAAGAGAUAAAUUAAGUAAAGUGCACACACAAAAUGAAAAAAUAGCUAAUUUUGAUGAGAAAAAAAAAAACCUGACCACUUCAGGUAAUUUAUUUGAAAGAAUAAAAAAAGCAGAUUUAAAACUGCUGAAAAGAAUGGAAAACAGCAUUGAGAACGACAUUUAUAAAAAGCAAGAGGAUAAAAAUAAUAGUUAUAAUUUUGAUAAUACCAGGAGAGUACAUUAUGACGAAUAUGAUAAUGAAAAAAUGGAGGAACUUGGGAACGACGAAUUGAGGUGUAGUAAGAAAAAUGUCGAAGAAAUUUCUGACCAAGACAGGAAAAAAAAAAAAAAAAAAAUUCCAGAUGAAUAUAAAUUCAUAUUCGAAAGGCCAAAGCAUUAUGCGGAUAUUAAUGACGACCCUAUUAUAAGAAGACCAGGAUGUAUUAUAGACAUUAAAACUUUAAUGAGAAAUAAUUGGACGUUCCCUGCUGUUGGAUUUAACAGUAAGUUAGAGAUACCUAUAUAUAAAUUUGAGACUGAUAAACAGGACGAAGAAAAUGGAAAUCAUCAUGAUCAACAAGAUGGUAAUUGUAAUGUAAAAUACAUCUCGGUGCCAAAUGAUAUAUUCGGUUUGCCAAUAAGAUCAGACAUAUUACACAAGUGUUAUUAUUUUUAUAGAUCAGCAUUAGCAGGAUAUACUGAAAGAAUGCAGUUAUAUAAAUGGGAAUGGCCAGGAAGUACAAAAAAAUAUAGAAGUCAAAAAAAAAGUGGAAAAGCAAGAAUGAAUUGGAGAAAAACAUGUGGUAGGUAUUUAGGAGUUAAGAAUCAUCCUAUACGGCCAUUUGAUCAAAGAACAAAAAUUAAUAGAAAACUUCUAUGGAAAGGGAUGAAAAUUCUUUUAUCAGCUAAAUUUGCACAAGACCAAAUUAAAGUUGUCGACCAUUUUUUAGUUAAGUCACAUAAAACAAAAUAUACAGUGAAAUAUUUACGAAAUAUUUUAGGGACAAAUUGUAAUAGUGCUUUACUAGUACAUGAAGGGAAAACAGAUAUGAAUGAUAAUUUUGCAUGGGCUUGUGCAAAUAUAGCUAGUAUAAAAAGAGAGAAUGUUGAAGGGGUUAAUAUAUAUAAUUUAUUAAAAUACAGAUAUGUUGUAUUUACUUAUAAAGCUUUAAAAAAUAUUAUGUAUGAAUUGAAAAUUUAUCCUUAUAAAAUGAAAUGGCUACCUACAUAUGCAACUCCAGAUAAUUCCAAAGCUCCUAAACCUCAGAAAGUGAAAAAUUGGAAUAUUUUUUGGCUAGAAAAAAAAAAAAGAAAUCAAUUCUCCUAUUUUGAUAAAGAUGCUUUAAAAAAAAGAAUUCAAGAAUGGAAAUGGUCUAGUGAUCUCAAGGGUCCUUUGAAAGUUAAAAAACAUGAUCCUUACAAAAAUUUUAUCUUAACUAAAUUUCAAUGCAACGACCCCCCUCCAGAAUAUAUUAGGUAUGAGUACUUAUUUAAUGUAGACAAAGAAGUUGAUAACGUAUAUGACGACAGCGAAGGAAAUUUUCCCUUGGUUGAUGAAAUAUUACAUGACGAUGAGUGUUUGGGUUACAUUUCUGAUCUGUCCACCCCCUUGUGGGAAUUAAGAGGUAAUUAG